CAUACCAUUUCGCCAUCUGGGCUGUUGUGUUAGCAAGGGUCGUCAUACGCUAAUAACACCACCCCUCCUCCUCUGACAACUACCCAACGCCAACUUCCCCCUCCUCUGCCUCUGCCUCUCCCUCUCUUCUCAACCUCUCUACAGAAUCAAACGACUCAAUCACCUACAGUGCACACCAUCAUUAUCUCAUGGCCGACUACGCACCUCCUUCAGGGCCUCCGCCGCCCAAAGCGCCCGAGGUUCCUGCCGGCUGGGUCGCCCGCUGGAACGAGCAAUACAAAGAAUGGUUCUACGUAAACAUCUACACAAAAAAGUCCCAAUGGGACAAGCCCACCAGCCCCGUCUACCCUGACAACGAAGCGCCGCCCUCCGAACCCCCGCCAGGCUACGACGGCCACAACGCCCCCCACGUCUCCGAUACCAAGAAGAACCCCUACGGCGACCACCACAGCAGCGACUUUGCCGGCUCAUCGUCACGGCAGGCCCAGGAGGAGGAGGACGCCCGUCUGGCCGCCCAGAUGCAGGCCGAAGAAGACGCCCGAGCCCGAGCCCGCGGCAGCAGCUCUCAGCAGCCUCCCGGAUACGGAUACAGCGGAGGCGCCGCCGACUCGUACCGCCAGCAGAGCACCAGCCCGUAUCCUCCCCCACAGAGCAGCCCGUACGGAACGCCCCAGCCCCAGCAGCAGCAGCAGCAACAACAGCAAAGGGGUGGGGGUCUCCUGGGCAAGCUCGCAGGCAAGCUCGCUGGUGGCUCCCACGGCGGCUCUCACGGUGCCUCGCCCGGAGGCUUCCCCGGUGCGCCUGGCGCGGGUGGCUACUCGGGCUAUGGACCGCCUCCAAAUCAGGGAUACGGUGCCCCGGGAUACGGGAACCCGAGCCCCGGAUACGGAGGCGCGCCCGGUGCCUACGGUGGCGGGUAUGCUCCCGGAUACGGAGCUCCGGCACAGGGAUAUGGCCAGCCUGCCUAUUACCAGCAACAGGUCCCAAAGAAGAGCAGCGGUCUGGGAGGGGCAGGGCUGGGCCUUGCGGGAGGCGCUGCGCUUGGUCUCGGCGCUGGUGUCGUGGGUGGUCUGUUGGUGGAUGAUGCCAUUGACCACUUUGAGGACCAAGGAUAUCAGGAGGGCUACCAGGACGGCUUUGACGAUGGUGGAGACUUCGAUGGCGGCGACUUUUAAGCAGUGUCUACCAAGCUGCAUGUUUGUCGUUAUGCAUUGCGAUGAUGCGUGGCUAGAGUGAAAGAGCUGUGCGGGGUGGUAAUCUGACUGAUUGAUGGACUGGUUCUCAGUGCGCUUUCGAAGACAAAGACUUGAUUUCGUCGUU